CUCUUCACCUUUUGAAAAUAAUGGCGCUUUUAAUAAGAAAUUUAUUGCCAUUAAAGACUUAACUGAAAAUUUGAUAGAAUUUGGUGGGGGAAAAUACUAUUUUCCAUUCAAAUGUAAAACUUGGGGAUGUAAAAGCAAAGAGUUUACUCCUAUACUAAAGUAUAAUGAGGAAACAAAUAAAAAAGAAUUUGCUGAUUGGCAAAUUAUUAGGCUUCAAGAAGUAUGGGAUGGUUACGGUGAAGCUGCUACACUUCCAAUGACCAUUGAUUGUGAAUUACGUGACGAAUUGGUAGAAACUGUCAAACCAGGUGACUUUGUUUCCGUUACUGGCAAACUAGAAGUUCUUGAAAUUCCAGGCGAUCCUGGAACGGAUAAAAGAGACUUUCUCGAUGCAGCAAGUAAAGUAGCUCCGCAUACUGUAUUCACACCAACAAACCAAGCCAAUAGCUUUCCUUUAAUGCCGUUAUUGCACCAUGAUAAACGAUCAGGAGACUUAAUUCUUGAAGCUGGAUCAUUUGCAUUGAGCAAUACGGGAAUUUGUCGAAUUGAUGAUUUUGAAAAAAUAACUCAGCCUAAUGCUCUUGCGGAAGCAAUGUCUAGACAAACAAUCUCGUGA